GAGGAGAGGGAAAGAGCUCCGGCAGAAACGCGCCGCUUCGCGUCCCCCCUCCGGCCGGCCGCGGCGUGAUGCGCACGGCCCGGCCCGUGACGCCGCGGCCACCCACGUCCCCGCGCCCCAGCUGCCAUCGCGUGCCGGGCUCUGGGACCCCGGCGCCGGGCCUCGCUCCCCAUGGGGCUGCGCCGCUGGCUCCGGAGCGCCUGCUGCUGCUGCCCGUGCCGGUGCCUGGAGGAGCCCGCGCGGCCCGAGAAGGAGCCGCUGGUCAGUGGUAACAAUCCAUAUUCCUCAUUUGGAGCAACUCUAGACAGGGAUGAUGAGAAGAAUUUAUGGAGCAUGCCUCAUGAUGUGUCCCACACAGAGGCAGAUGACGACAGGAUCUUGUACAAUCUGAUAGUCAUUCGUAAUCAGCAGACCAAAGACUCGGAGGAAUGGCAGCGACUCAACUAUGAUAUCUACAGCCUGCGGCAGAUUCGCCGAGAAGUGAGAAACAGAUGGAGGCGAAUCUUAGAAGACUUGGGUUUUCAAAGGGAAGCAGACUCUUUGCUGUCAGUGACCAAACUCAGCACCAUGAGUGACUCUAAAAACACGAGAAAAGCCCGAGAGAUGCUGUUGAAACUGGCCGAAGAGACUUCCAUCUUCCCAGCCAGCUGGGAGCUCUCCGAGAGGUAUCUCUUGGUCGUGGACCGUCUCAUUGCUCUUGAUGCUGCCGAAGAGUUCUUUAAAAUUGCUAGCCGAACUUACCCCAAGAAGCCUGGGGUCCCUUGCCUGGUCGAUGGCCAGAAAAAACUGCACUACUUUCCAUUUCCAAGUCCCUGAAGGAUGGCCUGGAAGAGGAACAGAGUUCUUUCACCAUGACAUAGUAAUUUUUACCAAAGUUGGACCACUGCCUGCGGUGGCAGAUGAGCCAGGAGACGGCUUUCUACACUCAAACACGAUUCUGAAUCCUACAAAGCGUAAUGUCUUCCUCAGGACCUUAGCCUAAGAAGACUUUGGUUACAUUAAAACACCUGGCAACUGCACUGAGAAACGAAGUUAAA